CCUGUUUGCACCUCUUCUCGUCUUACAACGAAUUGUAUCCCUUCUAUUCUCUUUCACGCCCCAGCUCAGACUCGUUUGAGGCGACGGAUAUGCUGGAAGGAUCAACCCCACCCCGGUCACGUGAGGGUGGUGGCAUAUUCACUGCCUGGCUACGUCAUACCCCGUCACUGAGGGGAUAUAGGGCCAGCUCUACCUCAGUCUUCCUCUGCUCAAUAUCAUACGCAUCAAAUUCACCACUAGAAUCAGAUCUUUCCAAGCAACUGAAGUGAAACAUCUCUAACCUCACCCAUUCCGAACACAAUGACACUGUUCAACCGUUUCAGCAACACGAGCAAUGAAGCGGCCGCCACCGAAAGCGCCGAGAAAGCCGCCCGCGAAGCCGUCCAUAGGACGUCAAGAAUGGGCUCAGGUGCUGAGCAGGACCGGUACGAAGCUCAUUUCGGACUUGGGAGUGAUGGGCUUGAGAAGAUUAAGAAAGUCGCCACAAUGAAGGGAGUUGGCGCAGAGCAGGAUCGUUAUCGAUCUCACUUUGGCCUCGAUGAGGAAAGGGUGAGGGCCGCUGCCCGGAGCAUUCUCAUGGCAAAGGGAGAGGGUGGCGAGCAGGAUCGUUAUGCGAUGCACUUCGGUCUCGGAGCAGAUGGAUGGGCCAGAGCACGAGAGAUGGCCAAGGCGAAGGGCGAGGGUGCGGAGCAAGAGCUCUACCACUCCCACCUUAGUCUUGACAAGACUGCAGAAAAGGCCGCACACGAUAUCAAGGAAGGGAUCGAAAACGUUAAGCGAUGAAGGUGUUGCAGUGAGUCAGGAGUUGCUUGAAAAGGAGUCAACGCAUUAUCAUUGUCUGGAGACUGACAUGGCUUCAUUACUGUACAAUAUUUGGCUGCAUCAAUCAUCAUUGACUGGAGUAUCGCCAAAGCCAUUUCCGCGUGACAGGAUUCCAAUCAGUGUUUUACAUCUUCCCUGAAGAUCAUUACGGAUAUCUUCAUAGAGAAUUGUAUCAGCAGCAGACAGGCUCCUAGAUAUACCUCGUCAUCGGAGCAUGGGAUGAUCUUGGCAUCAAUCAAAAGCAGUUUCCAUCAGACACGUACACCUCUCCCAGUAGAGUGAAAGGAGGUGCGGGUGACGCAGCUAUAAUUCGAUUUCUUAGCUUUAUUGUAUUUCUCCAGAUAACGCCCG